AUGAAUGCGCGCAUACUGCUUCAGGAUGCUCGUGAAGAAGCAAUAUCCAGGAUGGAGGACGAGGCUGCAAAGCUGGGCGCGAAUGCCGUGAUCAGCCUGCGCCUUUCAUCCACCAACAUCGCCGCCACCACGUCCGAAGUGAUGGUCUACGGCACCGCUGUCGUCGUCGAGUGA